AAAAUGCCAAGUUGUUUUGUGUGUGGUCGAUCAAGUAAUUCCAAAAACAAAGAUCUUGGAAUAAGUUUCCAUCAAAUUCCAAAGAAUGAGAAUCAUCGGUCUCAAUGGUUGGAUUUUAUUCAAAAAUGUAGUGUUGACCAUUUAAAAAUUAAGACCAAGAGCAUUAUUUGCUCUGAACAUUUUACAAAGGAUUGUUUUAAAAAUUAUAAACGCACAAGAUUAUUAAAUGAAACCGCUGUUCCAUCCAUUGCAGUUAAUCGUUUAAAAUCAGCAAAAAUUGAAAUUCCUGAGGUGAGUUAUACACUUGGUGAUAGUAACUCAAAUCCUUGUUCCGUUAAAUCUCUAACUAUUGACCAUGAUAGUAUUCAAAUGGAAGGUGUUCAACAACUUGAUGAAUUAAGUGUUCAGCAACCGUCAUGCUCCUCAAAUACCAUUUCUACUGACUGUAACCAGUUCACAUGUGAACCAUCAACAUCAUUUUUAAUGAAGCCUCCUACUCAGAAAGUAAAUUCUAGGUCUUUGAAUUUUGAAUUUGUGCAAGAAAUCAACAAUGAUUCGCCAAGAAAAAAAUAUUUAAAAAGAACAAUAUCUUCCCUAGUUCGUGAAAACUUCAAUCAGAAGAAAAAAAUCAAGGUUCUAAAUCAACAACUAAGACGUCAAAAAAAAACAAAUUUCCUCAUUGAAAAGUGUUGUUCAAGUUUUGGAAAAUAAAAAUUUAGUCCAUCAAGAUCAAGCAGACAUCAUAGACAGCAAUUUCAGUAAGCACAAAGAUCUUAUAACUAAUUUCAUUAAAAAAAAUGCUGGAAAAAAACUGCCUUUAAAGUAUAGUGCUGAAUUAAGGAAAUUUGCUAUCACCCUGAAUUUUUGUUCUCCAAUAGCAUAUCGUUUUGUACGAGAUGAAUUUAAUUCUGUGCUUCCUUGUCCGAGAACGCUUAGCA